CUGGAUUCGGUUCCAAUGACGCCAGUCUGAGAACUGUUGCUGCUGUCGCGGUGCGCGGAGAGCCGGAGACACACAUCGGCGCGUUUGUUUGGGGAUGUGCGUGAUUGAACGCGUCCAGAACACCGGGGCGCGUGCAGGUGUGUGUGACGGACAUCAUCAUGCUCAAAGGCUCUCGGUGAUCCACUCCUUCCCAUGAUUCCUCACCAGGCCGCCCCAUGCCAGCCCGUAACCAUGACGACCGCUCGCCCCCGCUCGCCCCUCCGUCGCCCGGCGACCGUUUGACUGGAUGAGAAACCCGGCCUCCAGUGAUGUGAUGCACAGGUUCGAGGUUCUUGGGGUUGUGGGGGAAGGAGCGUACGGAGUCGUCCUGAAGUGCAGACACAAGGAGACUAAUGAGAUCGUGGCCAUUAAGAAGUUUAAGGACAGUGAAGAAAAUGAGGAGGUGAAGGAGACGACGCUGCGUGAGCUGAAGAUGCUCCGCACGCUGAAGCAGGAGAACAUCGUGGAGCUGAAGGAGGCGUUUCGGCAGCGAGGGAAGCUGUUCCUGGUGUUCGAGUACGUGGAGAAGAACAUGCUGGAGCUGCUGGAGGACAUGCCCAACGGAGCUCCACCCGAGAAGGUCCGGAUCUACAUCUACCAGCUGAUCAAAGCCAUCCACUGGUGCCAUAAGAACAACAUCGUCCACAGAGAUAUCAAGCCGGAGAAUCUGCUCAUCAGCUCCGACGACAUGCUCAAACUGUGUGACUUCGGUUUUGCGCGGGAUCUCUCUGAAAGCACCGAUGUGAACUACACGGAGUAUGUGGCGACUAGAUGGUACAGAUCCCCGGAGCUGCUGCUGGGGGCUCCGUAUGGGAAGGCGGUGGACAUGUGGUCGGUGGGGUGUAUUCUGGGCGAGCUGAGCGACGGUCAGCCUCUGUUUCCGGGCGAGAGUGAGAUCGACCAGCUCUUCACCAUACAGAAGGUCCUGGGGCCGCUGCCGCCUGAACAGAUGAAGCUCUUCUACAACAACCCACGCUUUCACGGGCUUCGGUUUCCCUCGGUCAGCCAUCCGCAGACUCUGGAGAGACACUAUCUGGGAAUCAUCAGCCCAGUCCUGCUUGACCUCAUGAAGAACCUGUUGUUGUUAAACCCGAAUGAACGCUAUCUGACUGAACAGAGUCUGAACCACCACGCCUUCCAGACUCAGCGCCUGACUGAGCGACCCGGCCCGCUCACACCCACACCCGUCCGCUCCUCCAAGAGGAAACCGCUCCUGGACAACAGCGUCCCCAGCAGGGGUCAUGUGGUCAAGAGUUCAAGUCACCAUCGCUCAAAUAGCCGCGACUGUUCCAGUCUGCCCCGCCAUGGGAACGAAGACCUCCACCCGUCUAGCACCGAGGCAUUCCUGAAUGGGUCUGUACCGUCUGCCAACAGCCUGAGUCCGGUGAUGCACCCCAAAUCCUUUCAGCCACUCAACCGCUCGGCGUCUUGCGGUAAAGACCUGGCCAGCCUGCAUCACGCCAAAGAGGCCAAAUCCAAAGCAGGCGAUUUUGACUUUGGCAAACCGGCUGAUGGACCGGGGCCCAAAUACCUGAAAUCCAACACGCCUCGCUCCCAGAACCGCCAUUCCUUUGUGGAGGGCAAGACCAGCACGCUGACAGGGGAAAGGGAGAAACAGAGCCGCCACGGCUAUGGCGAGUCCACCGCGUCGGCGUCUUCGGGCGGAAAGGGGUUGUCUUCAUACAUAAGUUUGUCCAAGAGUCACGGAUUGCUUAGUGACUCCAAAUCCGUGACCAACCUCAGUGACAUGCGACUGCACCCGGAUGACCCCACUGGCUCUCCGCGCUACUUCCCCAGCAGCUGCUUGGACCUCAACAUGAAUCUGAACUUGCCGACGCCGGGCAGUCCAUCCAUGCAACACGGGGAGCGUUCCGGACACAGUCCCGCAGUGGGACGUCGCAGCAAACUGGAACGAGACGGUAGCACGGCUGAGCCUUCCACCCGCCGUUCCUCAUCAAGGCAGAAGAGUGACGGAAACCCUGUUGAUCCACUUGACCCCUCUGGAGGAUUGUCUCUUUCGGCGCCCCAUGAGUUCCCCUACGGUGUGGGCUACACUAGCCCGUUUUCCUCCCAGCAGAGGCCGCAUAGGCACUCCAUGUAUGUGCGGAGGGAGCGGGGGCGACCCCACGGGGGUGAGGCAGGUGGAUUGGCAGUGGGACAAGGGAUGUCCACGAGGGCCAGCAGUCUACAGCUCCUUACCCCUCAGCUUCAGCAUCGGACCCUGCCGAAACACAUGGGCAGUGCCGUGUCGCGGGACGCAGGAUUAGACGACAUCAGGAGUGACCCCGCGGCCGCAGAGGUCAGUCACACGCGACCUUUAAUCCGGGAGUCCACACGGGACAACACCACCACCUUUCACACGCCACGGCAAAAGAGCGAGGGAGGUGUUUAUCACGAGCAGCUCGCAGAUGACAGCGGAUCGGCCAAAGAGAACCGCAUGAUGUACAGCGACUCAGUGCCACGACGGGUCGGCAGCUUCUACAGGGUGCCGUCUCCCAGACCAGAUAACUCGUUCCACGAGAGUUCAGGGGUCACGAUGGACAGCAGCCACAGCAUACACCAACCCACAUACGACCCGUGGCCGGGGUCUGAGACGAGGGACAUGAGUCCUCCAGAACACACCAAAGAGAAAGAGAAACAAGGCUUCUUCAGAUCCAUGAAGAAGAAGAAGAAGAAGUCUCAAACCACAGACGCUGAUGACGAGCGACGGCCAGUCGUGAGGAAAGCGCUGUUUCCUCUCUUUCACUCUCAGAGGAGCUUCACGCGCAGCUCCUCUGAGAGAGAGCGCCCCCUAGUGGCCCCAGCAAUGGUGUCGAGUGAGGGGCCUAAUCAGGUGCUGAUGCAGAAAGCAGCAUCCCGCUCGUACACACAGCAGGGCAGCAGACACCGCACUCGCAGCCGAGAGAGAGAACGAGAACGAGAACGAGAACGAGAGCAGGAUCCGGAGCGGGACGCAGACUGGCCCUCGGAGAGAGCCCCAGACACACACUCACAGCCUCUGAAGUCUCUGCGGAAGCUGCUUCAUCUCACCACCUCCUCGUCCUCCAACCAAACCUCAGCAGAUCUCCACUACCCCCUGCCCUCCUCUAAAGGCAGCGGGAGUUUCGUGGAGCCCCGUGGCCUCGGCUCCAUGCAGCCCAAGGGCCGUCCGGCUGUGUACGGGGCCCCGGGGCCCCUGGAGUCCGGCUGGCACUCCAGCGCUCUGGGACGUCCCGAGGGAAACCCUUAUCCCGACCAGAUGAGCUCAAAAGCGGGCCCCACUGGCUUCGCUCGUCACUUUCGUUCACGUUUGCCAAACCUGAAUGACCUUAAAGAGACAGCGCUGUGAGUCAGACUCACUCCUAAUCUAUAAAUGUAAAGCACUGUACGUGCUGCUUUAGUUUCUACUCUGGUUGUAGUAUAUAAAUAUAUCUGAUUCUGCAUAGCUACUCUUAUAUUUGGUUAAAGGUUCAUGUAUAGAUGACAGUAUUGGCAUUUAUUUUAAAGUUAUAGAAUAAGAUAUUACAGCGUUUAUAUAUAUAUAUAGAUAUUACGACUUUGUCUUUAAAUAUUUUCUGUUUACAAUUCAGUGAAAAUCGGUAGAUAUUAAGAGUAACAGUAAUUAACGGUAAGAAUGCGCGAUUAUAUGUGCGUGUGCUUCCCAGAUAGCGCACGUAUGUUGCUUUAAAUGUCAUAUUUAUGUGUAAAUUAAUUCUUAAAUGUUGUGGAUGUCAUACUAACACACAACAGGGACGACUAACACUAACAAAUAAUUCAGAUUCGGAGAGUAGUCUCUUCUGCUCAGCAAAGCUGUUAUUGUUUGAUUUAAAAAUACAGUAAAAACUGCAAAAUUGUGAAAUAUUUUUACAAUUUAAAACGGCUCUUUUCUAUGGGAAUAUAUAUUAAAGUGUAAUUUAUUUCUGUGAUGCUCCGCUGUAUUUUCAGCAUCAUUCCCCCAGUCUUCAGUGUCACAUGAUCUUCAGAAAUCAGAAUAAUAUACUGAUUUUUAUGAUUAUUUCUGAUCGUUAUCAACAUUGAAAACAUUUAUAAUGUUACAAAUGUCAUCAAAGAAUCCUGAAAAAAUAUUGAGAACAAAUAAUAAUCAGUAAUAGAGCGGCAAAUCAUCAUAUUGAAGAUCAUGUGACACUGAAGACUAGAGUAAUGAUGCUGAAAAUUCAGCUUCGCAUCACAAAAAUAAAUUACAGUUUACAAUAUAUUCAUAUAGAAAAUAGUUACAUUCAGUUGUAAUAAUAUGUUAUUUUUUUUCUGUUUUUACUGUAAUUUUAAUCAAAUAAAUGCAGCCUUGGUGAGUCGAGGAGACAUUAAAAAUCAUAAUUAUUCCAGACUUUUCACUUUAAGUGUACUGCGGAUGAUGAAGGGUCUAAAAGUGACGUCCCGACAACAUACGUGUACUAUCUGGGUUUCGUGUGAGUCUUUUGUUAGUCUUUACAAAUCACAGCCAGUGAAAUUUCUUAAGCCUUUUAAAUAAUUGAAGCAAAAACGUCAACCAAAUCUGACCAAAUCAAAUAAAAUGUCGUGGCUGCACCUGCAGGCCAUUGAGAUCCAAUGCAAAAAAAAAAAAAAAAAAAAAAGUGAGAUUAUAUGAUGCCUUUUUUUUUUAUUCUUAAAGCAAGAUUACUUUUUACUAUAUCUUAUCAGUCAUUGAUUCCCUCAGGUAUAGAGUUCUCUGAACACUGCAAAUACAGUUUAACAUGCAAUAUCUGGAUAUCAGAUGUCGAAGCUCUUUAGAUGGUUUCUGUUUAGGGAAAUAGAGCCAGUGUGUGUAUACACGAGGAGGAGAAAUAAUAAUAAUAAUAAUUUAUUAAUUUUAUGCAAUAUGUAAUUUCACAUUCGCCAGAUAAUCUUCUAAAUAAAGCUCGAGGUUCCUGGAGGCGUUUUGUUUCCUCUCAGCUGGUUUUUACACGUUUGCGCUUUAAUGAUUCAUAUGUCAGUCGGGUACACGAGAUGUCAGACGCCAGGAUUUUCCUGGAAAACCGAGCUGGAUUACACAUCAGCGAUAUGCAUCUCAUUUUACUUUCAGAGAUAUGUAUAGGAAUUAUCCUCAGACCAUCUAGAUUAUUGGAGAUAUUGAUCAUGAAGCCGCUAAUCCAUCACUGUGGUCCUUGUGUCUGAAGUGUAUUCAUCAGUCUCUUCUACUGCCACACGUUUCAUAUCGCAGGAUCGUCACGAUGGAUGGUGUUUCGCUCUAUAUUCAUGUGCUCUUCAGCUACAGCGAGGAGUUGAGAUGCUAAUGAGCUCAUUUAAAUUACCAUACGACUGUCUGUUUUAAAAGAACCCAUGAAUAAAUAAAAACAAAUCAAACCAAA